UUGAACAGGUUGAACUUGAAAUGUUUGCGCAGUUGUGCCGUCUUUGCGAGCGGCCAGCGGCCGAAGGCGGCUAUCGAGGGGCCGAAAUAGAUUUCGAGGCGCUGGCCGAGUGGUGUUUGAAUUAUUUGGGCACAACUUUGGCCCAAGAGGUCAAGGACGACGACCUUUUCUGCCACUUCUGCGUGUGGGACGCUAGAUUUCUAAUCGCGAUGGAGGCAAAGGAAUCGAAUGCUGACACUGAAUUGAAUUAUCUUUGCUGGUGGCCUGUGGAAAGUACAGAAAGUUCUCUUCAUGGACCAUUAUUCAAAGGCUACGAAGGUGGAAAAUUGAAGCAGUGCUGGGUUACCUUGAAUAAAGUGAAACUAAAAUUAUCCGAAUCAAAACAGUCGGAACAGGCGGAGAAUUUGAUUGAUGAGGUAGGUGAAGAAAAUUUGGAAGAAAAGUGUAGAUAUUGUGAAGAAUUCUUCCCUCAAGAUCAGCCUCGACUGUUAACUACACAUGUAAACUUAAAACACAGAAAUAUUGCAAUCAGGUGCAAUUUUGAUAGGUUUUGCACAAAAUAUUUUGAUACAAAGGCUGAGCGGGAUGUUCACGUCAAAACUUAUCACAAAAAGCCACCAGUGCCCAAGAAACGCGACUGCAUCUUUUGCCCAAUUGGUGGCUUGACGAAAGGAGAAUUGUCUGCACACGUAAAACUAGAGCACAUUGAAGUUGCUAUUCCGUGCAAAAGCAAAUUGUGCAGUGAAUAUUUUAGAAAUCGCACAGAAUUAAUUAAUCACGUUGAAUUGUACCAUCCAAGGUUAGAGAUGAUUAAACAUCACAAGUGCUCAUUUUGUGAUUUCAAAACAACUGUGAAAGUUCACCUUGCCAACCACGAGGCUGUACAGCACAAGAAAAUACAGUUGACCAAGUGUCAAAUAUGUUCGACUAAUUUUAUUAGCAAAUUGAAGUAUUUAAGUCACUUUAAGACGCAACACCGACUCAGUGUUUGCCAAUUUUGUGGUUCUAAGAUGCGUUCUGGCAACCAUUUACUCGAACAUGCAUGUAGAAGAUGCAAUGCCAAAUUUGAAUGUUUCGGUUUGCUGGAAAAGCACGGAAGUGUUUGUGAAAUGAAACUAUUCAAAUGUGACCUGUGCCCGAAAGUUUGUAAAGAGAAAUGGGCCAUCAAGGCGCACAUUGUUAGCCAUUUAAAUAAGCAAGUAAAGGAAUUGAAAGUCAAGCCGACGGAGCAUCAAUGUAAAAUUUGCAAUCGUUAUUAUUCAGGGGCUUAUCAGUUGUGGCAACACGUCCAGAGGAGUCAUCCAGCUUUAAGAUGCACUUUUAGUUGUGCGCACUGUGAAAAGGAAUUUUUGACCAAGGUGAGCUUGAAAAGUCAUCUGGCACUUUUUCAUAAACUGAUUGCAAGGAGACACAGAUGUCGUAAAUGUUCGAUGAAAUUUUUUACUCGCUCUGAUAAAAAUCAGCACAUUGAAUUGAAGCACAAUUGGGAAGAUGUUGAAUGCACUCAUUGCAAAAAGGUGAUUAGAAAGAAAAACUUGCGAGCGCAUUUGGCAUAUGCUCACAAUCUGAUUGAAUGAAAAUAGUUGAAAAUGGUAAUUGUUGAAGAAAAUAGUGGUCUAAAUAAUUCCAAAAUGUAAAAUGCUCCCUAUAAAUAAACAAAAUAUAAUAUCAUAAAUUUAUAUAUAUGUGAACACAAUAAUUUCUUCAAUACUACUUUUUUGUGCAUUACAAAUUUAAUUUUCUCUGUCAAAGGGUAGACUGCAGUUUAAAACAACAAGAGCAAAUAUAUUCAACAGUUUAUACAGCAAAACUACAAUUAAUUUCAUUAAUAUAAAAUAUAAUAAAUACGAAAAUACUGUGUGUGUGUGUUUGAGAAGUUUAAGAAAUCAAUAAAGAAACUAAAUA